GAAAUUUUAGAUAACAAGUAAUACAGAAUUGCCGAUAUAAAAUAUUCUUUAUUGAUUAAAUUGAAUAUCGCGACGUGACGUUUCAGCAUUAAAUUAAUACAGUAACUUAGAACCAGUAACAGAAAUUUAAACACAGUUAAACAAAAAGGAGAAUAAUUUCAAUAUUGUUCACCUGUAAUUAUGGACAUAAUGUAGAACAAUUAAAUAAACGGUUACCAGACAUAGCAAAUAAACGGAUUUUAAUGAUUUAUAUAGUUUUCAUAAAUAAAUGACAUAAAUGAAUCUUCCAUAAUGAAAGAUUUGUAUUUUGACAUUUGAAUGAAUUCACUCUGUUAAAAGUAAUAAUCAACAUUGGAUAAACUGUGAUAUUACUCAAAUUUAUUAUUAAAAGCUUAUUAAAAUCAUAAAUUAAAUAAGAAGCUAUUGGUAAACAAUAACCUAUUAUGAUCGAGUAAAAUAUUCAGUAUGUAUUUCUAUACAGAAAAGAAAUAAAAAUGUUUGUGUCGAUGUAAUAAUUUGUUAACGGUGUAUCGUGAAACGAAUGGAGUUCCAAUUCUCCACACUUUCUGGAUAUAUGGGAAAUAUAGACAUGUGACUCCUGAUGAUGGUUUGAAAGUAUUGCUGUGACGACAAUUAUUGAUUUAGUACAUAGAUAAGGUGCAAUGAACGACUAAUCGAUUGGGUUCCAAAGUAAAUUGAAAUUGACUGUAGAAUGUUCUGUAUUCGAAUUAAUUAGCGAACUUGUGUACGAACAGAUGAUUUUUGGAGUAUGAACGUAGCAACUCGAUUGAUUUGACAAGUAGGCAAGUAACGUCAAGCGGUCGUUAUGAACGAGGCCAGUAUAAAAGAGAGACUCAAUGCUUAUAGACGUCAGAAAUUCAGGGAAGGAAUGACGGAAUCCCUUAAACACGCUAUACAGACUGUUUUACCAUGGAACCAAAACGAAGAUGCCAAAGAAUUGUUGCUGGUAGCGUCACCGAACAACGUCGAGGAUCUCCAGGAUACAGAAAGCAGCUGUUCGGAUGAUAGCAUAGACCAGUCUCAAUGUACGUUACUCAAGACAAUAAUGUACCUGCUCUGCUUCCUUCUCUGGGUUAUCUUAUAUGUAAUUGCAAUUGAAUUUGAGUUCGGAACGGUAUAUUUGGUCUUAUCUAUGUUAAUAUUUAUUUGGAUAAAUACUCACACAAGACCAAAGAAACCAGGUGAACUGAGUGCUUAUUCAGUUUUUAAUCCGAACUGUACAGCUAUUGAGGGAACCCUCGAGGCUUCACAGUUUGAAAGAGAGAUACGGUAUGGUAUAGGGUAUGUUCGCUGAUACAAAUUUUGGAACUCUUUGCAUCAUCUUAUUUAUCACAGGCAGAGUAAUACAUGCUUUGUACUUCCUUGUAUAUUUAUAAAUGUGUAUCUGUGCAAUUAAUAAUGAUAUACAAAUGGAAAAUAGGAACUACUGAAUGUAAAGUUAAACUAGGCAUAUGGUAAAAAUGUUGAAAAUUAUACAUCAGUGUGCUAUAGGUUUCAGUGGUAGUCUGCAGUUACCACAGUCAUUUUAAAAGAGAAUUUUAUACCUAAACUUUUUAUAUUUUUGCAUUUUUCCUAUCUAUUUUGUAAUAACUGAAUUACAGUUUCGUAACACUUUACCAUCUCUUUAAGAUACAUUAAGCUUAUGUUAUAAGGCUUGUGAUUUAGACUAAAAAAUUCUGUCCAAUUAGUUUUGGAUCGAAAAUUUUCAUCAGGGCAUAGAAGAGCUCUAUCCAAGUCCAUCAUUAAAUCAUUUAAUAUCCUUGUAUUGAAUGUACUGUAACAUACAAAAAGGAUAGAUUCUUUAUUUUCUUGAGGUAUUAAUAUAUUUAUAAAUACUGUAAAUUUAUAUAAACACUAAAAUUUCGUACUUGGUGCUAUCAAUUGUGUCAAUCCCUCCAUUUAAAAUCUGAACAUUAUUUAACAGUUUGACUGAAGUUUCUUGUAUUUUUUCUAAAA